CUGCCUGACAGUUGGGUUUUGGCAUGACGUGUAACGUAAAGUGAUUGCAAGUUUUAUCUAGCGGCUUUUUAACAGACCAACACGGUUUUCAAAUAGUUUCCCGUAUUGUUUCUGGGUGCAUGACAUUUGGGGUCUAAUAUCUGAGUACAUCUUUUGUGAUUGUGUUCUUAUAACUGUUCAAAAAUGGUGUUGAUGACAAUGAUAGCUCGAGUAGCAGACGGUCUUCCUCUUGCAGCAACAAUGCAAGAAGAUGAACAGUCUGGACGUAGUAUCUUAGACUACCAAAAUCAAGCUAAAAUGUUAUUUCGUAAAUUAGGACCUACUAGUCCUGUGCGAUGUUCUUUUGAAACAGGCCCGUACUUUUUUCACUACCUUAUUGAACUGGGUGUCUGCUACCUUGUUUUAUGCGAACAAAAUUACUCAAAACGUUUAGCAUUCUCUUACCUUGAAGAUCUGGCACAAGAAUUUCACUCUCAGUAUGGUAAGAGAGUAAAUUCUGUCAGUCGUCCGUACUCCUUCAUUGAAUUCGAUACAUACAUUCAAAGAGCAAAGAAAACUUUCACAGAUUCCCGUGCAAGACGGAAUCUAACUUCUCUUAAUACAGAACUGCAUGAUGUGCAGAAAAUCAUGGUGAAGAAUAUUGAUGAUGUUUUGCAAAGAGGAACUGUUCUGUCUGAACUGGACACAAAGGCACAGAAUCUCUCUAUUCUUUCUCAAAAAUACAAGAAAGAUGCAACAUAUCUAAAUACAAAAUCGAUGUAUGUCAAAGCUGCUGCCGGUUGUAUUGUUGUUGUUGUUUUCCUGUUGUAUUUCUGGGUUCUUUAAAAUAUUCAUUGAUUCAGUUUAUCAAGGCUGAAGGGAAAAGAAGCGAAUGAACUGAUUUCUGGUAACUGUUACCAUUAGGGUAAUUCUGUGCAGUUCGGUUUCUGGUAAUAGUAUAGUAAGACAAUUUACUACAUGUGGUACCGGUCUAUCAAUGGCUUUUCAUUCAUUAUGUACUGUAUGAGGUGACAGGGAUACUUGUGUAAUGACAUAAUGGGAUACUUUUUAUCUCCCAUUCAAUGGCAUUUUGUAUAUUUUGUGUAUUCUCAAAAAUAAUUUGUACAUUACUGUAUAUGUAUGACACAUUUAAGUGUUUAAUUAUGAAAGUCUUAUAACGGUUAGAAUGUGUUUUGGAUUGAAGGAGUGCUGUGUUCUGCUUAUUAUGGAAUAGUAGCAGGGUCCUGGCGUUACGAAGAGUAUAAAAAUAUGCUACUGCGAACACAAGAUCAUCAAUGGCUUCCUUUAUUUAAGGAAAUUAAUAUGAAAAGGACACGGCAUCUCUUUCAAACCAUAUAUUGUGCAAGCCUUUUUUUCUCUGUGACAAUGUUUUCUUUUGUCAUGUGCCUACUUCAACUGGUAAAAAAAUGAGAUGGAAGACUGAUGAAAUAGGCAUUUUCCCCUUUCAAUGUUACCUGUAAAAGUAAAUUAUGUCCCUUUUGAAAACAAGGAACUUGUUGUUAGCCAAUUUUUCUCCCAUAUAAAUCACACUUUUAUGUCAGAUCAGGCAAGCAUAUCUCCCCCCUCUAUAAAUGUAUGUGUUGUGAUCAGAAAUAAUUCAAUUAGUUGCCAAUGGUGUGUACUCGAACUCUGCUGAGAUGCCCUUAUGCAUUGUACUAAUCACAUACAGUUUUUAUUUAUUUUAUGUGUUGCUGCUUCCUUGCUAUUCAAAAUUAAUUCAUGAUUCUUUUAAUUUGAUUAUAAGAAGAGACAAAAAAGAAAUAGUUGCAAAGAAAGAGGUCUGGAUACCUAUUGUUUGUACAUUUCACUUGUUAUAGUUUGUAGCUAUGUAUGUUCUAUGUUGUUUUGUGAAGUCCUCCAUAGCAAUAAAUUUCUUUGUUAGUAUUUUAGUAUUUUAAAAUUUUCUGUCUGAUAUGCAUCUUCAAUCAGAUGUAUUUUUCCACAUAUAUAAUGGUUGAAAAUACUGAUUAGCAACUGUAUUAUGGCUUGGGCUUAUAAGUUGUAAGUAAUAUUGUUUAUUUAGAAGACGGGGGAGCUCUCCAGAAGGGUCUUAAAGUGCUGUGUGUGAUUUUUAUGUAAAUGGAAUAAAUUAUUUAAAAUUGUUCUAUAAA